GCGUAUCUAUACUUGAGCAAAUUUUUUUUCUGAAGCGGUAGUGAAAAAAUUUUCAAAGGCGUAAAAUGAGUGAAUUUGCUGGAUCACAAUCUAAUUUAAAUCAAUCGCAAGCAUUUGCGGCCGCAUUGCAGCGUGCUAAGCAGAUAGCCGCAAAGAUACAGCCAAAUACCGCACAACCGAGUGGUGGAGGUUCAUCAAGCGCUGGUAUCUCACCACCAUCAGGCCUUGGUUUUAAGCGUAACCACGAUGAUAGCGAUUCGGGUCCGGAAGCAAAACGUUACACCAGUCCUGGCAAUGAUUACAACAAUUCCAACGGUAGCAGCGUGGGAGGUGGCGGUAGUAAUGCCGGCUCGACAAAUAUUUCUCAAGCACUCGCACAAGCCACCGCUGUGGCACAGCGUUUAGCCGCUACAGCUGGCACAACUGUAGAAGAGCAAAUACGCAUUCCGGAAUCGCUUGUAAAUUCGGUAUUGGGACGUGGCAGCACUGAAACUAUUACACAAAUUCAGGGUGAAUCUGGUUGCAAAGUGCAGCUAUCGCAGGAUCAAGACCGCGUCAUAACGCUACGUGGUUCGCGCGAGACUGUUACUAAAGGGCGCGAAUUAUUCCAACAAUUGUCGAAUCGUAAUGGCGGUGGUAACAUCGAAGUGGUAUUGACUAUAAAUAUGCCACCACCAGGGCCUACAGGUUUCCCACCGUACCAAGAAAUUAUGAUACCUGGUACGAAAGUCGGUUUGGUAAUUGGUAAAGGUGGUGAUACCAUAAAACAACUGCAAGAGAAGACAGGCGCAAAAAUGGUUAUAAUACAAGAUGGACCAAACCAGGAAAUAAUUAAACCGCUACGAAUCUCUGGAGAUCCACAAAAAAUCGAACAUGCCAAACAAGCUGUUUUAGAUUUGAUAGCACAGAAAGAUUUACAAGCAGCUGCGCUUGCAGCACGUAAUAAUGGUGGCAGCGUGCAAGGUGCUGGUUCUGGUGGUAGCGGUGGCUAUAAUUUUGGCAACACUGGCGAACAGUGUGAAGUUUUUGUGCCGAAAAUAGCAGUAGGUGUUGUUAUUGGCAAAGGUGGUGACAUGAUACGCAAAAUACAGACUGAAUGCGGUUGCAAGCUGCAAUUCAUACAAGGCAAGAAUGAUGAACCCGGCGAUAGACGUUGCCUCAUACAGGGUACACGACAACAAGUAGAUGACGCCAAACGCAUGAUUGACGGACUUAUUGAGAAUAUGAUGCAACGACAACAACGAAAUGCUAGCGGCGGUAGCAAUGGCAAUAUGGAAGGUAAUAAUUCCAAUUACGGUUAUGGCUAUGGCGUAAAUCAUGCACAACAGCCGCCACGUGAAGAAAUAACAUUUAUGGUGCCUUCAUCAAAGUGUGGUAUUGUUAUCGGUCGCGGGGGUGAAACGAUCAAGCUAAUAAAUCAGCAAUCUGGGGCAUAUUGUGAAAUGGAUCGUAAUGCUGUAAAUCCGCCAUCUGAGAAGCUAUUCAAAUGCAAAGGCACCUCGGAACAAGUGGAAGCUGCACGUCAAAUGAUAGCCGAAAAGAUUAAUAUGGAAUUGCCGAUUAUUUCACGUAAACCCAUUAGUGGCAACAUUCCCGGACAACAUAACAACCAAGGUGGUUAUGGACAGAAUCCCAUGCAAAAUGAUCCCAAUGCCGCAGCGGCCGCAUACCAACAGCAAUGGGGCGGUUAUGCACAAGGUUGGGGCGAUCAAAGUCAGCAACAACAAAUGAUGAUGGGCGGUGCAGCUAUGGGACAAAAUGCAGGUGCAGCAGCUGGUGGGCAAGCUGAUUAUUCUGCACAAUGGAUCGAAUACUACAAAUCAAUGGGCUUGAUGCGUGAAGCUGAAAUGAUAGAACAGCAGCUGAAGGCUAAACAAGCUGGUGGAAAUGCCGGUCAACCAAUGGGUGGUAUGCCACAACAACAGCAAGCACAACCGCAACCGCAACAACAGUCACAACAACAACAAGGGCAACAAGGUGCCGGUUCAGCAGAUUACAGCGCCCAAUGGGCUGAGUAUUAUCGCAGUAUGGGCAAGAUUGCCGAGGCAGAAGCAAUCGAAAAGCAAAUGAAGCAAGGACAGAAUGGUCAAUCAAAUGCAGCUGGUGGUGGCAGUAAUAAUCCAGGCAGCAACAGUAAUGCUGGCAGUAGUAGCGCGGGUGCCGGUAAUCCCGCUGAUGGCAGCAACAACGCAGCGUUGCAAGGUAUGACACCCAGUCAAUAUGCGCAGUAUUCACAGUACUAUGCAGCGGCGCAAGCGAGUCAGGCGGCAGGCGGUGCUGCACCCGGCUAUCCACAAGCGGCUUAUGGGGGUUAUGGUGCACCCGGAGGUGGUUAUCCAGGUGCGCCACAACCCAACAUGCAGCCCGGUAAUAUGGGUGGCGGACCAAGUGCCGCCGGUCCGAAUAAACAAAACAAAGGCGACCAGAAGUAAAUGACAUAGUCAAUAUUAUGCAUGAGAGUGUGGAGCGGAGAGAGGAGUGGAGUGGUGGCAGCGGCAGCAAUGUAGAUGGAGCAGCAGUUUGUGUAUCCCGAGAAAUUGGAAGAAAUUUGAGAAUGUUUUUUUCAUAUUAAAGCAGUUGCAUGUGAGGUCACAAAUGUCUCAAUUACUACUUCUACUACUACUACUACUACUACUACUACUCCUUAUCACUCACAGCAAAAAAAAAAGUAUAUAUAUAUAUAUAUAUAUAUAUAUAGAAAAGAAAACAAAAAAGUCUGUGAAAAUGUGUUGGCGUGUGCGAAAUGGUUUAAAUUUAAUAUUUUAAAUAUAUGCAUCAUAUAUAUAUAUUUUUAGUUUGUAAGCAUAAUUUAUAGAAACAACAACAACAGCACUAUAAUACAAAUGCAAUGCGAUAAAAGCCAAACACGCAACUGUAAAUCAUUGCUACAAACAAAUUAAACAAGUUUUGAGUGCAAAAAAAAAAAAAAAAACACAAAUAACACAAACUUUGAUAUAAAAUGAAAAGGCCGAAAGAAGCCGAAGGAGAAGAACUUUUGCGCCGUAGUAAAAUAUUUGCGUAACAAAAUACAUUAGUACAGUUUUGUUCAAUCAAAAGUAACGAAAAGUUAAAAAAUAUAAAUAAAAAAUAAACACAUUAUUAGCUAAAUAAAUAUUUGCAAAGGUAGCGGAUUUAGUGAACAAUUAACGCUCGUAAAUUUUCCACAAAAUUAAAAAUAAUAAUAAUUAAUGCUUGACAUAACCUUAAAAAGUAGAAAUAAUAAUAAAAAUACAAUAAACAUCGGCAUUAACGGUUUAAUCUUUUAUAAUAACAGCGCAAACAAAUAGUAAAAUAAAGUUAUAUUCCAAUAUUCUUCCAAAUGCAUCAUCUACAUCUACUACAACAACGAAAUGUUUCCCAGACGCUGGAAAUUAUCUAAAAUAUGGAAGAACACACACACACGCGCGCAAACAUAGCAAAAUGUCAGCCAGCAACUAGAACAAAAGCAACAAGUAAACGCCAACACCCAACACACACUCGACUAUUUAUAUAAGUGGAUGCUAUUUCCAGCGUGUCCAUUAGUUCAUUCCCGUUAAAUUUAAAAUAGAAAUGAAAACGAAACGAAAAAAUUUUUUGCGUUUUGUACGCGAAACAAGCAGUGCACCGCAUGUGGUAAGCUUUGGAAUUAUAAUCAAUUUAAUUGCUGAUAAAAUUUAUAUAUAUAUAAUAUAUAAAACAACAACAAUGCAUAUAAAAUUGUACACAUACAAUUUUCGCAUAGUGUAUAACGGCAUAUGUGUGUUUAUUAAACAUAUAUAGAAGAAAAACAAGUAACAUACAUAAAUACAUAAAUAAUUUACAUAUAUCUAUAAAAUGUUUUUUAAAAAUGAUUAUUAUUAUUGAUUGCCUAAAACAAAUGCGUCAUUUAACGUUUUGCAAAUGAAAUAUGUCUUAUGUUUAAUUUACUAUCUAUACCUAUAUGUAUAUGUAUAUUUAAAACAUGCAAAUUACCCCAUGUAUGUACAAUAUAUUAUAAGAAAUUCAAUUAAAAAAUGCCAAUAUAAUAAUAAUAAUUACAUAUACAUCAUAACAUAUGUAUAUGCAUAUGUGCUUAUAUACGUAUAUAUGUAUAUUUAAAAAACAAAACAAAAAAAAAUCUCUUGAUAUCUAUUUCAAUUAAUUAGCAUUGUAGCGGGUUUAUUUACUUGUACACGUGUAUGUAAGUGCCACACAAGUGAAAUGAAGAAUAAUCAAAAAGGGCAGUUAAACAAAAUGCAAAGUAGUAAAGUAAAUGGAGCAGCAACAGCAACACAUUGUUGGCAAAUUGUUUUAACAUUUUUGGUCGAAAAGCAGACACAGACUCUCAGUUGCACGUAAAAUUUAAUAUUUGAUUUUUUUUUAUUACUUUUUUUAAUUUAAUUUUUCUUUAUUAUGUACAUAUGUGUGUUUAGCGUAUUAAAUAUUGAUUUUAUAUUUUACAUAUUUUGCUACAAAUGUCUAUUUACAAAAUAUUGUUGAUUUCCCAUUAUUAUAUUUUUUUUUAUAAUUUCAGUAUAAAUUUAUACUCUAAAUAUGUAUAUUUUUUUAAAGCAAUACUGUGGCAGAAUUUUACUGAUUUCCAACAUUUUUAAACGCGGCAGUUGGUGCAUAAUUUUUUGUGUUAAACUCUAAUUGCAAAUAAUUGUGAACUAUUUUAGAAUGACAUGUGUUAUAAUAAUACAGGUGAAAUAUUUUAGAAUGACAUAUGUUAUAAUAAUACAGGGUGUACUAAAAGUGUUUAACGGAAAAUGUUUAAUAACAUGUGAACGGUUAAAUGGUGUUUUCUUAAAAUACUCUAUAUUUUCAAGAAUAUGAAAUUACACAAAAAAAAAAUAUCGUUCCAUACAUUUUUUUUAUAGUGUUUGUAAAAUUUACAAUAGAAAUUUCAAUGCAAAAAUUUAGGCUUUUUCUGGACUAUAAUUUCAUAUAUAUUUCAUUCGCCGUACAAAUACAAAUUGUAUAAUUCUCAACUGGUUUAUUGAUAACAAUAAUUGAGCGUUAGAAGUGGUCAAAAUUAAAAUUUCACAAAAAUUUUGUUUAUAGAUUGUGUUUUUUCUAACUGUUAUCUCUUAAUAGUCAAUAUAAAAACAUACAAGCAACAUUUCUAACCUAAACAAAUUUAUAAAGCAUCCUCCACUUGCCAGUUUAACAACAAAAGACAACACCGAUGGGGCUAGAAGACACCAAGAAAUACUUAACUCAGAAGUGCAGUUGCAAAUUUUAAUAUGUGCUGGGUUUAAAAUUCAAAUUUAUUUAAUUAUACUAUGAUGUACAUUAUUAAAUUGACUCCAAUUUGUUGAUAUAUACAUGCCUAUAUACAUACAUAUAAAAUUAUAUUUUUUUAAUAUAUUCCUGCGUCCAUACAAUGAAAUAUGCAAUAUUUUUCGUAUAACCAAAUUUUGUAUGUAAUAUAUUUUCUAUAAAAAAGUGAGCUAUAAUAUUUUCUUUAUAUCUUUUUUUUUUAUAUGUACAUAAAUGACCAACCAACUAUGGUUUACUGCCCUACGUCCUACGGUACGUUGAUUGUGUGCACACACGUGUCUUCAGGUCGUUCGAUUGGUGAGCGAAACUAAUUCUGUACCAUAUGAAAGAAAGUAAUAAUAUGUGUGUGGCAAAGUGUGCAAAGUAGAGCAUUACAUGAAAACAAACAGAAAGAAAGAAAGAAACACGGUUUAUGCAUACCUUUUCUUGGUAAGAUUCAUUACAUUGCUUAACUGUUUUGAUACAAAAACAAACAAAAAAUAAUAUAUUGAAUUUUAUGCAUUUUUUCCAUAUACCAAGUAUAUACAUAUAUUUAAAAAUAUUUUUCAAACAAACAGAAAUUAUUUAACUUUACAUACAUGCAUAUAAACAACAUUUAUAUGUAUAUGAAAAUGUGUUUCUCCGCUAUAUAAUAUUAUAUUGAACUGAACUGUUUAUAUCCAAUGAAUUUGCACGCACUCUAUAUACAUGUGUGUGUGUGUGUGUGUGUUAUUUUUUGUGCGCCAUAGUACUAUUUACCUAAUAUAAAAAAUACGUACGUUUUUUUUAAUUCCUAUCUCUACUAUAUUGGUUGAUAUGUUGUUGUUACAUUUUGUAUUGCAUAAACAUACAUAAAUCUAUUUCCAGUGCCAGUACAGUUUCAGUUAAAAUGCGCUAAAGAGUCUACAGCAAACCAUAACUAUCUACUAGUACACAAGUAGCACUUACCUUCUCUUCACCCAACUGCCAAAAAUAAAAAAACAAAAUUUCCUACCACUCUACUACUACUACUACCACAAACGUACGUACAAUACUAAAAAUAGCAGUAACAAUAACUACCAAAGCCAAAAGCAAUAAUGGUAAGCUGCUCUCUGCCUAUAUAUAUGAAAUAACUUUUUUGAAAUUUAUGAAAUUUUGAACACGUAUGUACAUAUAUUGCAAUUUUGAAAAAUUUAUAUACCGAUUUCACUAUAUAAAAUUGAUUGAUUGAUUGUGCUAUAACAUUUUUAAACCAUAAAAAAAAUUAUAUUUUAAAUAUAUUCAAGUGUCCUUUAUUAUUAUUUUUUUAUACAUAUACAAACCACCAUUUCAUUAUUGCUCAUUUUAUUACAUAUAUGUAUGUAUAUUAUUAUUGU